AUGAAUACAACAGCCAAGCUAGUCAAAGGCAUUGCCUCGCACGCAACUGCGCCCAUCAGUCGCCAGGAGACCCAAACGAUCGAUCUAGGCAACUUCGCCUGCAAGAUUGCCGCACUGCGGGACCGUCUACAGCGCCCCCUCACAUACUCCGAGAAGAUACUCUACAGCCAUCUAGACGACAGCUUCGACAAGCCCAUCGUACGCGGUCAUACACAACUAAAGUUGCGGCCGCUGCACAUCGCAUGCCAUGAUGCGACGGCCCAGAUGGCACUGAUCCAGUACAUAUCAGCCGGGAUGGAUGCAUCCGCGGUGCCCACGACGGAUCUUCCCCGGGCGCUUGAUGCCCAUCGCGAGGUGUACGAGUUCAUGAUUAUCCACCAGAUCGUGCCGAAGAACUAUGCCAUUCCGGGCGGGAUGAUGAUUGGGACGGAUUCACAUACCCCGAAUGCGGGGGGCUGGGGAUGGUGGCUAUUGGGGUUGGGGGUUGGGGGGGCCGAUGCGGUGGAUGUCAUGGCUGGGUUGCCUGUGGAGUUGAAGGCGUCUAAAGUCCUGGGUGUGCGUCUCACGGGCAAACUAUCCGGCUGGGCUGCGCCAAAGAAUAUCAUUAGUACCGUGGCCGGUUUGAUCUCCGCGAAGGACGGUAGGGACCCAAUAAUCGAGUACUUGGGCCCCGGGGUGCAGACGCUGUCUGCCACGGGGAUGGCAACCGCUUGCAAUAUGGGGGCGGAGACGGGCGCCACGACCUCCAUCUUCCCUUAUACGCCCCAAAUGACCGAGUAUCUACUGGCCACUCAUCGCAAGGAAAUGGCCCGCGCUAUCGAUCUAUCCCGGCUGGAGCCGCGCAUCAACGGACCGUUCACGCCGGAUCUCUCCACUCCAGUGUCCAAGUUCCGGGAUGCAGGGAAGGAGAAUGAAUGGCCGGAGUUGACGGCCGGUUUGAUCGGCUCGUGUAUCAACUCUUCCUUCGAGGACAUGGGCGGAGCCGCCCAUCUAGCUAAGCAGGGGCUGGACGCGGGCUUACGGCCGAAGAUGCCUCUUUUGAUCUCCCCGGUUAGUCUACAGACCCGAGAAGCCCUAGAACAAGCCGGCAUCCUACCCAUUUUCAAGGAACUGGGAGCAAUCAUGCUCCCCAAUGCCUGCGGACCUUGCUGCGGCUCCUGGGACCGGGCAGACAUGCCCAAGGGAAUCCCCAACGCCAUCAUAACCUCCUACAACUGCAACUUCUCCGGCCGAAUCAUCUCCAACCCAGACACGCACGUCUUCCUCGCCUCGCUCGAAGUCGUGAUGGCGAAAGUCUUCUUCACAGAUCUCUCCUUCAACCCCCUCGCGGACACGCUACCCACACCCACCGGUCAUCCCUUCAUCUUCACCUUCACCCCACCCACCGGCCCCUCCCUCCCCCUCCCAGAGACCGGCUACACCAACCCCACCACAUCCUAUCUUCCACCCCCCUCAACCCGCACAUCCCUCACCGUCAAAACCAGCCCCCAAUCCUCCCGGCUCCAACGUCUUGUCCUCUCCCCCCCUUGGUCCGGACUCGACUUCCACACCUGCCCCAUCCUCAUCAAAACCAAAGGCAAAUGCACCACGGACCACAUUACCCCGGCCGGCCCCUGGUUCCGCUACCGGGGCCACCUGGAAAACAUCUCCACCAACACGCUGAUCGGGGCCGUCAACGCCGAAACGGGCAGCGUGAACACGGUGCGGAACCAGUUCACGGGCACUGACGGCAGCGUGCCGGAUACCGCGCGGUGCUAUAAGGCGCAGAGCCGGCCGUGGGUGAUCGUUGCGGAUCAUAAUUACGGGGAGGGGUCGUCGCGGGAACAUGCUGCCCUGCAGCCGAGGUAUCUGGGGGGUGUGAGGGUUAUUGCGAAGUCGUUUGCGAGGAUUCAUGAGGCCAAUGUGAAGAAGCAGGGUAUGUUGGUGUUGGCGUUUCAGGUUGAGGCUGAUUAUGAUCGUGUUGGGGCGUCGGAUCGCGCGAAGUGGGAGGCAGAGUUGGAUCACUCGUUUACUUGGGAGCAGAUUCAGUAUUUUCGGGCGGGGAGUGCUUUGAAUUUGAUGACUCGCAAGUGA